AUGGCACGUGCGGCACGGGGAGGGGGCGCCGCGCCCCCAGCCGUGUCCCAUACGGGGCUCAACGACGACGAUGAACCCGACGAUGGCGGGAACGAGCGAUCACGGCCGCGUGUUGCUCCCCGAUCGCGCCUGCCUGUGCCAUCCCUCGGCCGUUUCACCCCCAGGCGGUUCCUGUUGCCGGACUACUUACCUUACGCGGGCAUCUUUCACGAGCGGGGGCAGCCGGGCCUCGCAACCCACGCUUCCGUCAACCGCGUGCUCGCAGGGGCUGUGGUCGGAGAUGGUCAGUCAGCGGUGGCUAACAACAUCGCCGACAUCACGUACCGCCUGCAGUGGUGGGACUUUGCCAGCUACAACCUGCCUGAAAUUAGCAAUUCCAAAAUCAACGUUCUGGUCACCAAGUGCAAGAUCUACAACGACGCGAGUUGUGACAUCUCGGGCGACGGUCGUCACCUGGCCGCCUUCGUGCCGGGCAGCCACCGGGGUUUCCCGGAUGAGGGCGUCCUCAACGUUUACUCGCUGGCGCCACACAACCUCGGGGAGGUGCUUUACCAGCGCCGCUUCGGCCCCAACGCCAUAUCCGUGAGCCUGUCCCCCAUGGGGCGAUACAUAAUGGUGGGACUCGCCUCGCGCAGGGUGCUCCUGCAGCCCUCCACCAAGCACAUGGUCGCCCAAGUGUUCCGCCUGCAGCAGCCGCACGCUGGAGAAGUGUCCAUGCGG